GAGGACAAAAAAUGUUUCAUAUGUGACUCGGAGGAUCCUUUCCAUGAUACUCUCAAUCCUGACAGUCAUCGCAUUGAAAAUGUCGUCACCACGUUCGCUCCAAAUCGCCUGAAGCUCUGGUGGCAGUCAGAAAAUGGUUUGGAAAACGUGACUAUCCAGCUGAACCUGGAGGCUGAGUUUCAUUUCACUCAUCUCAUUAUGACCUUCAAGACAUUCCGUCCUGCUGCAAUGUUGAUAGAAAGAUCAUCUGACUUUGGAAAAACAUGGCAAGUAUAUAGAUAUUUUGCAUAUGACUGUGAGAGCUCAUUUCCUGGGAUUUCAACUGGACCCAUGAAGAAAGUGGAUGAUAUCAUUUGUGAUUCCCGAUACUCCGACAUUGAACCUUCAACAGAGGGAGAGGUGAUAUAUCGUGUUUUAGAUCCUGCUUUUCGAAUUGAAGAUCCGUACAGUUCAAGGAUUCAAAACCUAUUAAAGAUCACAAAUCUGAGAGUCAAAUUUACAAAGCUGCACACACUGGGAGAUAAUCUCUUGGACUCUAGGAUGGAGAUCAGAGAGAAGUACUACUAUGCCAUCUACGACAUGGUGGUUCGUGGGAACUGUUUCUGCUAUGGACACGCCAGCGAGUGUGCACCGGUGGACGGCUUUAACGAAGAAGUGGAAGGAAUGGUCCAUGGGCACUGCAUGUGCAGACAUAAUACCAAAGGGUUAAACUGUGAACAGUGUUUGGAUUUCUACCAUGACUUACCCUGGCGACCCGCUGAAGGCCGCAAUAGUAAUGCAUGCAAGAAGUGCAACUGCAAUGGCCAUUCCAGCCAGUGCCACUUUGACAUGGCUGUGUACAUGACGACGGGGAAUACCAGCGGGGGAGUGUGUGACGACUGCCAGCACAACACCGUAGGACGCAACUGCGAGCAGUGCAAGCCCUUCUACUUCCAGCACCCGGAGAGAGACCUGCGGGACCCCGAUGUCUGUGAGCCUUGCAACUGUGACCCAGCUGGCUCCCAAAAUGGUGGCAUCUGUGAUCGCUACACCGAUUUCUCCACCGGCCUCAUUGCCGGACAGUGCCGUUGUAAAUUAUUUGUGGAAGGGGAGCGUUGUGACCUCUGCAAAGAAGGUUUCUAUGGCCUGAGUGCCGAUGACCCAGCGGGUUGUCAGUCUUGUGCGUGUAAUCCUCUGGGUACCCACCCCGGGGGGAAUCCUUGUGAUUCGGAGACAGGAAACUGCUAUUGUAAGCGCCUGGUGACAGGAAAGCAGUGCAAUCACUGCCUGCCUGAACACUGGGGCCUGAGCAAUGACAUGGAUGGAUGUCGGCCCUGCGACUGCGACCAGGGAGGAGCGCUGAACAACAACUGCUCGAGUCAAUCUGGCCAAUGUGAAUGCCGGCCCCACAUGUUUGGACGUCAGUGCAACCAGGUGGAGCCUGGCUAUUACUUCAUUUCACUCGAUCAUUACGUCUACGAGGCGGAGGAAGCCAACUUGGGUCCCGGAGUAAACAUAAUAGAACGCCAGUACACACCGGACCGCACACCAUCAUGGACAGGCAUAGGAUUUGUAAGAGUCCCUGAGGGGGCGUACCUGGAAUUCUACAUCGACAACAUCCCCUACUCCAUGGAGUACGAUAUUGUGGUCCGCUAUGAGCCGCAGUUGCCGGAUCAGUGGGAAAAAGCUGUGAUCAGCGUCUCGCGCCCAGGCAAGAUUCCCACGGGUAGCCGGUGUGGCAAUACAGUUCCUGAUGAUGACAAUCAGGUCGUCUCACUGUCACCCGGCUCCAGAUACGUUGUUCUCCCGCGGCCCGUCUGCUUUGAAAAGGGGCUGAAUUACACCAUCCGCCUGGAGCUGCCCCAGUACUCCUCGGUGGAUACGGAGACGGAGAGCCCGUACACGCUCAUUGACUCUCUUGUUCUCAUGCCGUACUGCAAAUCGCUGGACAUAUUCACAGUGGGAGGCUCAGGCGAAGAUGUAGUCACAAACAGCGCUUGGGAAACUUUCCAAAGAUACCGGUGUCUGGAAAACAGCAGGAGUGUUGUGAAGACCCCCAUGACAGACGUCUGCAAGAACAUCAUAUUCAGCAUUUCUGCGCUAUUACAUGAGACUGCAUUAUCCUGCCAGUGUGACCCCCAGGGCUCCCUGAGCUCGGUGUGCGACCCCAGUGGAGGACAGUGCCAGUGUCGUCCCAACGUUGUCGGAAGACAGUGUGACAGAUGCGCCCCUGGCACCUUUGGGUUUGGGCCGAGCGGAUGCCGACCGUGCGAGUGCCACGUCCGAGGCUCUUACAACGCCUUCUGCGACGCGGAGACGGGCCAGUGCCACUGCUUCCCCGGGGUGUACGGGGGGCAGUGUGACCGCUUGGUUGAAAACCUGAGCAUAGUUAUGGCAGGGUGCCAGGCUGGCUACUAUGGAGACCCCGUCCUGGGAUCAGGCGACCACUGCCGCCCCUGCCCGUGCCCUGACGGCCCCGAGAGCGGACGCCAGUUUGCCAGCGGCUGUUACCAGGAUCCAGUCACUCUGCAAGUCGUGUGUGUCUGUAGCGUGGGAUACAUAGGUAUUCGAUGUGAUGAAUGUGCGUCUGGCUUCUUUGGGAGCCCCGACGAGGUUGGCGGCGCCUGCCAGCCAUGCCAGUGCAACAACAACAUCGACACCGCUGAUCCGGAGGCCUGCGACAAGAGGACGGGAACGUGCAUGAAGUGCCUGUAUCACACGGAGGGCGAAAACUGCCACCUCUGCAAACAGGGCUACUACGGGAGCGCCCUGCAGCAGGACUGCAGAA